ACGAACGUGUCACGGGCAGCCCCAGCCGGGAAACCGGCUCGGCAUUAACGCCCAGCCCUCGGCGCAGCCGGGGCAGGUCCCAGCGGCCCUAAGGAGGCUGCUUGGCGGCGUCACUGUCCCCCUGCCCGGGGUGCUUCACGCCACAUCCCUGCGCGGGAGGGCAGCCGGUGGCCCCAGAGCAGCCGGGGAGGCUGCGGCCAGGCCUGGGGAGCAGCGGCCGCCUGACGGAGCUGCUCCAUCCUCCUCUUGGGGCUGGCCGGGGGCUUUGGUGAGAAGGAGCCACUUGAUGCCGGCCUGAGGAGCGGUGGGGAAAGCAGUGGCUCCAUGUCCCCAGCUCUGGGGUGGCAGCUGGUGGCCGGGGGGUUCAGGAGGAACUGGUCCCCCCGUGACACCCUGCCGCAGGGCUGUGACCUGUGGCAUCGGUACCGACCCCGGGUGGAAGUUGCAGCCUGGACGGAGAACCAAGGCGUGGAGCUGAUUUCUGUCGCUGCAGGAAAGCGACCCCGCGGGAAGAGGAAUGGCGUGGGCCUGGUCCCCAGGCAGCGUCUGGCCCACAAAGGGUUACACAAGGCAACCUGGAGUGACACCACCGCCACCAGCCCGGGAGCUCGGCUCCUUCCUGGUCGGAUCGGAGGCUCGCCUGGAGUGGGAUUGAGGAAGGGGCCAGCGGCUGCAAAGAGGAGCUGGAGCCGGGCUGCACCCCCGGACGCCGGUCAGGGGCUGCCACGCCAGCCGGCUGGUGCGGUCGCCCUCCCUCGUGUGCGUUGGCGGGUGGUCACCAUGGAGGAGAUGGUGAUCUGGGAGCAGCACACGGUGACACUGAGCAAGGACCCUCAACGGGGAUUUGGCUUCGCUGUCUCCGGAGGCCGGGACCGUCCCAACAGGAUUACCGGGGACACAGCGGUGGUUGUUUCGGAUGUGGUGCCUGGGGGACCGGCGGUGGGCCGGCUGCAGAGGAAGGAUCACAUCGUGAUGGUGAACGGCCUUUCCAUGGAUAAUGUCUUGUCCUCCUUCGCCAUCCAGACACUUAAAACCUGUGGCAAGAUCGCCAACAUCACACUGAAAAGACCAAAGAAAGUCCACCUCCCUGCGAGCAAGAGCAGCGCUGGGUCCCCCACUGUGCCCCGACACUGUGGCUUGGAUGAGGACAGCGGGUUGUGUGGUGCGGAUCCAGCCCUGCACCACUCCCGGGAUGACCUGGACCACAGCCAGGGCUAUGACGGGGACUCAUCCAGCGAGAGAAGCUCUGGCCACCACCAGGAUGACCGCCGCCACCCCAAGCCGGUGUCCCGGAGCCAGAGGCGAAGCCAGCACAGCAGCCACUGGAGGCAGAGCCCUGGCAGUGGCUCAGAUCGGAGGGGCUACAGCCGGCACCGCUCUGCCAAUGGCUUCAGCCCCGCAGGGGACACCAACGGGCUGGUCCUGGUGUCGGGCUUCAAGCGGCUGCCAUGCCGGGAUGUGCCGAUGAAGCCCAUCACAUCAGUCCUGGUGAAGCAGAAGCAGAAUGAAGAGUAUGGCCUGAAGCUGGGAAGUCGGCUCUUCAUCAAGCACAUAGUGGAGAGCGGGCUGGCAGCCAAGGCCAGCUCCUUGCAGGAGGGAGACCUCAUCCUGAAGAUCAAUGGGGUGGCCAGCGAGGACAUGUCCCUGGCUGACACCCAGCAGCUCAUCGAGCGGACAGAGGGGACCCUGACCCUACUCAUCCUCCGGGACCACCGGCAGUUCCUGGUCAACAUCCCUGAUGUAGAGGACAGCCAGAGCGACAGCUCCCGGAUGGAUGAUAUCUCCGACAUUGAGUCUGAACUGUCCCAUCCGUCAUCCCUUGAGACCCCCCUGCAACCUCCAGCUGCUACCGGGAUGAAUUCACCACCGGAGAGGAGACGUUCGAACAGGGACCCUGCAGCCGACAUGGUUGUUGAUGGUGCUCAGGGCCCGGACCUGCUGGGAGCUGUGGAGGGGGAUGGCUGCCACAGCCCCCACGCUAGCCCAGCUGCCCGAGCUGCCCACAAGGACAGGUACAGCUCCGACUCCAGGGUCGUGCACUUUGUGAAGGGCAAGAGCGUCGGGCUGCGGCUGGCCGGCGGGAAUGACGUGGGCAUCUUCGUGUCGAGCGUGCAAGAGGGGAGCCCCGCCGACAGCCAGGGCGUCCAGGAAGGGGACCAGAUCCUGCAGGUGAAUGACACCAGUUUCCAGAACCUGACCCGUGAGGAGGCCGUGGAGUAUCUCAUGAGCCUGCCACUGGGAGAGGAUAUCACGCUGUGGACCCAGAGCAAGCAGGACAUUUACAGGAAGAUGAUCUCAUCCAACGUGGGUGACUCGUUCUACAUCCGGACACACUUUGACUUUGAGAAGGACACACCGUCGGGGCUCAGCUUCACCCGUGGGGAUGUCUUCCACGUGCUGGACACCAUGUACCGGGGCAGGCUGGGGAGCUGGCUGGCUGCACGCAUGGGCAGGGACCUGCAGGAGAAGGAGAAGGGCAUCAUCCCCAACCAGAGCAGGGCCGAACAGAUCGCCAGCCUGGAGUCGGUGCUGAAAGCCACGUCUGGUGUCAACCCCUCCGGGGCACGGGCUGAGUUCUGGAAGCUGCGGGGCCUGCGGGGGGCCAAGAAGAUGCUGCGAAAGAGCCGGGAGGACCUGUGUGCCCUCACAAAGCAGGGCCGCUACCCGCCGUACGAGAGGGUGGUCCUGAAGGAAGCCAACUUCAAGCGGCCGGUGGUGAUCCUGGGCCCAAUUGCAGACGUGGCCAUGCAGAAGCUGAGCACGGAGCUGCCCGAGCUGUUUGAGAUUGCCCCGAGCGUGCCCCGAGAUGGGGCAUCGUCCAAGGUCAUCAAGUUGGACUCGGUGCGGCAGAUCGCAGAAAAGGACAAGCAUGCCUUGUUGGACAUCACGCCCUCGGCCGUGGAGCGUCUCAACUACGUGCAGUACUACCCGGUGGUGGUGUUCUGCGAGCCCGAGAGCCGGCAGGGCAUCAAGGCCAUGCGCCAGUGGCUGGUGCCCGACUCCAGGAAGAGCUCCCGGCGCCUCUAUGCCCAGGCCAGCAAGAUGAAGAAGUACUGCAGCCACCUUUUCACUGCCACCGUCAGCCUCAGCGGCAGCAGCAACACCUGGUAUGAGGCGAUCAAGGACAUCAUCAGGACGCAGCAGAGCCAGCCUGUCUGGACAGCAGUGGAGCAGGCAGACGUGGCGCUGGAGGACAGUCUGGACCUGCUGAACCCGCCAAGCGCGGCGGCCUCGGGCUACCUGAGCUGCGACAGUCACGCCAACAGCGACUAUGACACGGAUGGCGAGGCGGGUGCCUACACCGAUGGUGAGGCAGAGGAGGUCUGUGACCAGCCUGGGCUGGCCCGCUCCUCCGAGCCAGCACCAGUGGCCCCAAGCAACGUCCUGAGCGGGGAGGUGACCGAGCAGCAGCGGCAGAGCCGGCGCUACGACAGCAUCAGGGAAUACGAGCAUGAAGCCGUGAGGAAGAGGUUCACACGGGCCAGGGAUGACUCGGACCAGGAUGAGGGCUAUGAGUGGGGCCCAGCUACAGACGUGUAGUGGCAUCGCUGGCCUUCAUCCCCCUUGGGCCAGCCCUGCUGCCGCCCCACGCGACAGCCCAGGUAGCGCCAUGCAGCACCCCCUGGCCAGGCUGGGCCUAGCCCUGCUGUACCCCUCGCCACUCCGCACCAUCGAGUGCCUCCUUCCCCUUUUGGCCAUGGCCUCUGCUGCUGGAAUAAAAGGGACGUU